AUGGUUAUCCUGGCACACCUGGUGAAAAAGGUUGGCCUGGACCGCCAGGAGCUCCGGGACCGAUGGGAAUACCUGGUCCAGCUGGACCCAUGGGUGAAGAAGGACCAGCUGUAUGUGAAUGGAAAAAUACCGGCACCACGUGAAGAUCGGAACGUGGAGCAGGAAAAGAAGAAAGAGGAGGAAGCGACGACUCCAGCUCUCCAAAAAAUAGAGCCGUCGAGUAGCAUGGUCGUAGAGGAAACUUUCACAAAUAACGAAAACGGCGGCUACUACAACCGAAAGUUGAAAAAGAGAAAGAGAGCUCGUCGACUUCGCCAGCACUAG